UUCAAUUUUCUUUAUUUAGAAAAACCUUUUUUUAUUUGAAAAAAUUUGAAAAAAUUUGAAAAAAUUUGAAACAAUUGCAAUUAGCCUUUUUCUUCAUGCGUUUGUUAUUUUUACUCGAUGGGGGAAAAACAAUUCAAAAAAAAAUUUUUGAAAAAUGUUAAGAAAAAUUCUCGUAUUUAAUUCACGUAAAAAUGUUAUCAGAAAAUUUGACACCAUCAAUAAUAGUCCACGGAGGUGUUGGCGAGUCUGACGACUCAAUAAAAAUGGAAAAAAUGAAUACCUGUCAAAAAGCAGCUUCAGUGGGUUAUAAAAUAUUGAUGAACGGAGGAAAAGCAAGCGUUGCUGCUGAAGCCGCUCUAUCAUGGUUCGAAGAUGAUGAAUUCUUCAAUUGUGGCUAUGGUUCCGUCUUAAAUGAAAUUGGAGAGGUGGAAAUGGACGCCUCGAUGAUGGACGGAAGUAAAAUGGAAAUUGGUUCCGUUGCCGCAGUGUCAGACAUUACACAUCCAAUAACACUGGCGAAAUAUAUAAUGGAAAAUUAUCCAAAUUCUAUAAUUGUCGGAGAAGGGGCGAAAAAAUUGGCGAAAUUCGCAAAUUUAAAUUCCGUUUCUAAAGGCUCAAUGAUAGCGCCCGCAUCACUUUGCGCCUAUAAAUCUGCAGUUUCUGGUGAUUUUCAAGUGUCAACUUUUGAUUCGUCAGCCGUUAGUGAAGCACUUAAAAAUUCAUCGGACACUGUGGGUUGUGUGGUGUGGGAUGGCGAGAGAAUCAUUGCAGCCGCAUCAACUGGUGGUUUGAAUAAAAAAUUAGUCGGUCGUGUUGGCGAUUCACCACUAUUGGGUUGCGGUGUUUUUGCAAAUAAUCAUGUCGGAUGCUGUCUAACUGGUCAUGGAGAGUCGGCAAUAAAAGCCGGUCUGAGUCGAUCGAUAGUCAAUUGCAUCUCUCAAUGUCAAACCCUAUCGGAAGCCCUGCAAAUUAAUUUAGACAAUUUACAAAAGCAAACCGCACACGAUUGUGGUGGAAUUGCUCUCGAUAAGUGUGGAUGUUGGUCAAUUUAUUUUACCGGAACAACAAUGCCUUAUGCAUUCAUAAGAAAUAAUUUAAUCACCUACGGAAUUGACAGAGGGGAAAAAAUAACAAAACCAUAUCGAGAUCUAAGCAAAGAAGAAACUUGCUAUUGCAAAUAGUAUUUUUUCUUUUUCAAUACAAUAUUCAAUUAAUUAAUUA